AUGGUUUACCUCCAGCAUGUCAUGUCAGGAACACUAGCAUCCAACACCACCGAGCGCCUCACACAGCCCAUCAUGAAGCUGCUCACCUCCGCCCUCCUGCUCGGCUCGUUUGCCACCCAGGCCAUCUUGGGCUACCCGGGGGCUCAGAUUGUCAAAAGAGAUGUUGACUCUUUCAUUGCUACCGAGACUCCUAUUGCUCUCAGGGAGUUGCUCUGCAACAUUGGACCAAACGGUUGCCAUGCUCAGGGCGUGAGCUCAGGCAUUGUUAUUGCAUCUCCGGACAGAGUUGACCCUCCGUACGCUGGUCUAGUCUUCAAGGCUAUUGUAGACAUCUUCACAAACAGAUAUGACGCCAACCUCCAGUCCAACAUCCAGAACUACAUUGCCUCCCAGGCCCGCCUCCAAGGAGUUUCGAACCCCUCGGGAGGCCUUGGCGAUGGCCGGGGCCUCGGCGAGGCCAAGUACGAGGUAGACUUGAGGCCUUACACUGGUGAUUGGGGGAGACCCCAGAGAGACGGCCCUGCACUUCGGGCGAUUGCCAUCAUCGGUUAUGCCAAGUGGCUGGUGGCUAACGGCUACUCUUCCACGGCCUCGUCGAUCCUGUGGCCUGUCAUCCGCAACGAUCUAAGCUAUGUUGCUCAAUACUGGAACCAAACUGGUUUCGAUCUUUGGGAGGAAGUUCAAGGAAGCUCCUUCUUCACAGUUGCUAGCCAGCACCGCGCACUUGUUGAGGGAAGUGCCCUGGCUCGCUCGCUUGGCCUGUCUUGCAACUCCUGCGAUGUUGUUGCGCCUCAGAUUCUCUGCUUCUUGGGAAGAUUCUGGAACCCAGCCGGCAAUUUCAUGGUUGCCAACAUCAACGGAAACGGACGAUCCGGCCGCGACGCCAACGUGAUCCUCGCUUCCAUCCACAACUUCGACCCUGCCGCGGCCUGUGACGCAGCAACCUUCCAGCCUUGCAGUGACAAGGCUUUGGCUAGCCACAAGGUUGUUGUGGACUCGUUCCGUACCAUCUAUGUCAUCAACAACGGCAUCGCGCAAUCUGCCGCUAUCGCCGUGGGAAGAUACCCCGAGGACAGCUACUACGGCGGCAACCCCUGGUAUCUCAACACGCUCGCCGCGGCCGAGCAGCUUUACGACGCCCUCUACGUCUGGAAGCAGCAGGGUUCCAUCACCGUCACACAGACGUCCCUUGCCUUCUUCAGAGACCGUCUUGGCUCCGUUGCUCCCGGGACCUAUGCCUCCGGCUCUGCAACAUAUACCUCUCUCAUCAACGCUGUGAGCGCCUACGCCGACGGCUUCAUGAACGUCGUCGCGACGUACGCCCAGACCAACGGCUCGCUUGCCGAGCAGUUCUCGCGCAGUAACGGUCAGCCCCUUUCGGCCGACGACCUCACCUGGUCCUAUGCCGCGUUCCUCACCGCUGCCCAGCGCCGUGCCAACGUCAUUCCUAAGGGCUGGGUCGGCUCCGCAACCUCCGUUCCGGGCACCUGUCAGGCCACCUCCAUCGCCGGCUCCUACUCCAGCGCCACGGCGACAUCGUUCCCUGCCAACCAGACGCCCCAGACCGGCGUGCCCACCAGCACACGCAACACGGCUACCCCAACUGCGACCGGCUGCCCCAUUGCGAGUUCCGUGCUCGUCACUUUCAACGCACGUGUCGUGACCCAGUUCGGACAGACUGUUAAGCUUGUUGGUAACAUCCCCUCACUCGGAAACUGGAAUCCGAGCAACGCCGUCUCUUUGAGCGCUUCGGGCUACACCUCGGCCAAUCCCGUCUGGUCUGUAACCAUCGAGCUGCCGGCCGGCCAGGCUAUACAGUACAAGUAUAUCAACGUCGCCAGCAGCGGCACAGCUACUUGGGAGAGAGAUCCCAACCGCAGCUAUACCGUACCGUCGUCUUGCGCGAACUCUGCCACCAAGUCUGACUCGUGGCAGGGGUGA